GCCUCCACAGCUGGUACAGUGACAGCAGCUGUCAGCCCCAGCACCUCUGGGCGGCUCCCAUCGGCUCUGUGGAGGCCCUGGGCAGAGAAGACUGACACCCCUCUCUCUCAGACUCGGAUCUCAGUGGCUUUGUCCAUUCCCAAAAUACCAGGCGCAUCCUCCCAGAAUGAAAACCUGCUUUUACUGAGGUGAAUCAGACCCUCUGACAGGCUCGGCCACCACAUAAGGAGAAUCUAAGGAUGCUUGCACAUGGCUGGUGUGUGACUACUCAGAGCCCAGCAGGCAUUUGCAUGGGUAAGGCCUGCUACCUCUGAGGGGCCAUGUCAGAAGGAGAGAGUAAGGACAGCUCGGGCAGCGAGUGCCCCGUGUGCUACGAGAAGUUCCGAGACCUGGAGGGCGCCAGCCGGACCCUGAGCUGCGGCCACAUGUUCUGCCAUGACUGUCUGGUCAAGUACCUGCUCUGCACGCGGGUGGACGGGCAGGUGCAGCGGAUGAUCGUCUGCCCCAUCUGCCGCUACGUCACCUUCCUCAGCAAGAAGAGCUCCCGCUGGCCCUCCGUGCUGGACAAGAGCUCGCAGACCCUGGCUGUGCCCGUGGGCCUGCCCUCGGUGGCCUCCCCGGACCGCGGGGGCCACACAAACCCCCUGGCUGUCUCCCAGCCGGUCUGGAGACAGUCGCCCGGCCAGGGGGCUCUGGACCUGCUGCCCGCCCUGCCCCGAGAGUCACAGAUCUUCAUCAUCAGCCGCCACGGGAUGCCGCUGGGGGAGCAGGACAGCGUGCUGCCCCGGCGCAGCCUGGCCGAGCUGUCGGAGGCCUCCCCGGCGCCCAGCGCCAGCCGCUCCUUCUGCUGCCGCUCGCGGGCCCUCCUGCUCAUCACCCUCAUCGCCGUAGUGGCUGUGGUGGCUGCCAUCCUGCCCUGGGUGCUGCUGGUGAGGAAGCAGGCAUGAGCAGCAGCACGCAGAGGGGAGCGAGGCUCAGCGUUUAGGCCGUGCCCGUGCCCUGCCGGCCUUGGCUUGGGAGGGGACAGAGGGUCCCGCUGCAGACCCGGAAUGAUGAGGCUCCAAAGGAGGUCCUAGGCUCGGAGAGGAUGGGGCCAGGCCGGGAGCUUAAGGGCUUUGUCUCCACCCUCUCCGUCCCUUGCCAGUGGGGGCUUUGGCAUGAGGAGAGGCUGCGGCCUAAGAUCCUCUGCGGCUAGCACUGAGCAGCGUCCUCCCUCUCAGUGGCCCCAUGAGUGUCCCCAGCGAACCCCCUCCUCUGGGCUGGAACUGAGCAAGCUAGAAGCUGGGAGGCUACCGCCCUCCUGUAGGGUCACAGACCUGCCCAGUAACCAACCUGAAGCCAAGACACGAGGUAGUGCUGCUGGGCCGCCAUCUUGAAAGAGGGAGAAGAUGGUCUGAGGCUGUGGCCCGGGAUGAGGUGGGGGGAGACAACAGAAAGGGUUUUCUGGAGAGUCACGAUCCCAGCAGGAAACCCUGUUGUCAAAGAGGCCACAGUUGGCAGGAUCGCCCCAAGAAGCGGAGGUUUCUGUGAACCUCCAGGCCAAGGAGCAGGCCCGAUUUUGAGUGUUGGGGUUCUCAAGGGUGAACUGGAAGACAAGGGGUGGAGGGGGGUGCCCUACAGGUGAGGCGAGUCAGCUGGGAGCUAUGUGAGCAAUUAACCCUCGGGGGCUCCCACCCCCCUUCCUGCCAAGUCCACCUCCUCAUGAGCCAACCACUCAUUAGAGGCCGCACCAGCCGGGCCAGUUCCCCGGGUGGAUUCUCCAGGGCUGAGCUGGGUGAGGAAGGGUGGGGAAGAUGUGCUUGUCAGCGACACUGCUGUCUCAACAGUGCAGAGCCGGCGCCGCUCCCCUCAUGAUGAAACCUCUGAGGAAAGCCCCAGAGUGGGUCUCUCUUGAGGAAGACUUCAAGGAAGCUAGUCCCUGGUGACUGAAAACAACAGGGCCUUUCCAGCUCCUGUCACAAACAGAAGGGCUUUGGCACCCUUCGCCACAGAAGUUCACUCUCUGUGGAGAGAACACUGGGCCUCUUAGCUACUUCUUGGGGGUCUGCAUCUUAGUUACAUCUCCAGUGGUUGACAUCCGGGGACCACCAGAGAGGAUGUUUGCGUCAGAGGGAUUGCUUUAAAGAACUCACCAGCUGCUUUAUAGCACCAGGAGGGAACAGGGAGACUGUGGGCAAAGGGUGAUAUUUAUUAUAGAAACAAAAGUUUGAGUCAGCUUCCCAGACUCAGGAGUCCGAGUCCACCCCGGCCGGACCGCAUUAAUCGGUGU